UAGACAUUAUGCCAACUGCUGGUCCCCCUGCACCUCUCUUAAUGAAGGGAGGGAUAGUGGGAAAAAAUCUUUUUGUUUGCACGUACUAAUUAAAAUUCUUUUUCAAGAAUCUUAUCUUUCAACAGUUAGGGACAGGGAUACCAAAACUUCCGCUCAUCACCUUCAGAUCCUGUACAUUUUGAAGUGGAUACAUCUCGUGAAAAAGUCGGAAACAUGUCGGAAUUGGAUGUCAUGAAUGUCAACAGUCUUUCUCAAGACCUGACUCACUCAGGCUCUCCCCUGUGUAUGGAAACCAGCAGCACCACUUCAGACUUGCCUCAGAAUGAAAUAAAGAAUGUAAAAAGGGAAAACGAGUCUCAAUCCACACUUUCUGAAGAGAUCUACAAUGCACUAGACAAUUUGUUAGGUGAUAUCAAUAUUAGAAAUUACUCACAGAAGGUACUAAUUCAGCCAAUCGAUGCCAGCAUUUCAUCCAUGAGACAAUUUGAACCCAUUUGUAAAUUUCACUGGACAGAAUUUAACAGUGAAAUGACAAUAUUUCACAAUCCAACAGAAGGCUCAUCAUACACAGAGAAGCCGGAAUUACGGGGCCAUUUGUAUAAUUACGCACAAGAAGAAGAUUCAUUUAAGGAAGAAAACCCCAUGAGAACUAGCAUUUCCACAAAUCAAAACCGACUUGCUAAUGCAUAUGUCAGACCACCUCCUAGAAGCCCUCCUGUAACCCCCGGCAGUGGAGAGACAUUGUCCUACUCUGAAAACUCACUGGCUGAAAGCACUGCCAGGGAAUCCGCCCUCCAUCCCAACCAACCUCAAAGCUUCUUAUACGAAGAAAGUAUACAAAGGAGUGGCAGAAAACCGUUUUAUACAGAAAAUAGCUUUAGUCCACUGGACUUGAGAGUUAAUUAUACGACAGAGGAGACUGCAGUUUCUUCCUACGAAAUACUGAAUUCUGGGGAGAUUUCUGAGAUGUCAGUCAGUCACCCAAAGGAAGUCACUGAGGUGGGUACAGACAGUCCAGAGGCUGUCUCUGCUUGGUCCCCGGCUGGCAUCUCCUGGACUAGCAGCAUGUUUCGGGAGAACUGCGGGACACCUGGCACAGAACACAGUUUUGAAAGCUUCCAAUCCCCAGACGAGGACAUGGCCUUAAAUGACAUCUUGCGGAAAUUAAAACAUACUAACAGAAAGCAGCAAACACAGAUCCAAGACCUGCAGUGUACUAACCUGUAUUUAGAGGAAAAGGUCAAAGAACUACAGAUGAAGAUGACCAAACAGCAAGGACUCGUCAAGAUCAUAAAUAAGCUAAAGGAGAAUGUUGAAGACUUAAUCGAAGACAAAUACACGAUAAUGCUAGAGAAGAAUGGGAUUAACAAGACUUUGCAGAAUUCACAAGAGGUUUUAGCCAACACCCAAAAACGUCUUCAAGAAUCUAAGAAAGAGAAGGGAAACUUACAGCUUGAACUGAAAAAGAUCAAGAUCAAUUAUGUGCGUUUACAGAAAAGGUGCAUAAGUGCAAUACGACAGAAAAACAGAUCUGUAAGUUAUUGCAUAGAGAUGGACAAAACUUUAAGCAAGAAAGAAGAAGAGGUGGCAAGACUGCAGCGCCUCAAGGAAGAAUUGGAAAAGGCUACCACUUCUGCUCUGGACCUGCUGAAAAGGGAAAGAAAGGUCCAAGAACAAGAGUUCCAGAAAUAUGAAAAGAACAACCUGGAAGAAACACAGAAAUUGAAAUCUAGACUUGAAAAAUUGGUUGUUCAAGUUAAUAAUUUGCAAUCCAUGUACGAAAAUGAAAGAGCUAAGAAUGCGAAACUUCAGCAACAGAUCAAUGAAGUCAAAAAUGAAAAUGCAAAACUUCAGCAACAGAGUAGGAGUGAAGAGCAAACCCCAAACGUUGAGAUGGCUCAGUUAAAGGAACAGCUGGAAGAAGUAAUGGAGUCAGAUGUUACCAAGGAUACAAAGAUGAUACAUUCUAAUUUGUUCCUGAGUUGCCCACCUUGUGAAGAAGAGAACCCGAAUCCCCCAGAUAUGAAGAGAACUUCUCAGUUGGCUUCCAAAUUUCACACACUUCUGGCUCUGAUGAUAGGACUUCUCACAUGCCAGGAUAUCAACAAUCCUGAUGCCGAACAUUUCAAAGAAAAUGAGAAAGUCAGUGAUAUAAUGCUGCAAAAAUUGAAGAGCUUCCAUCUUCAAAAGAAAAAUUUAGAUGAAGAGUUACUAAAACAUAAGGAGAGAAUCGCAACCUUCAGAAAGUUAAUUGCCAGUGAAAAAGCAGGUCAGGAGCCCAUCCUUGAGGUCACAGAUUUUGAUUCAAGUGAAGUCAAGAAUGUUGAAAAUGUACCUAUCUUAUUGGGAGACAAACUGGAUAAAUACCACAGUCUGAACGAGGAGCUUGAUUUCUUGAUCUCGAAAUUGGGAAAUCUUCUAGAGUCAGAAGACGACCACUGCAACAAACUCAUUGAAGAAAAUGACAGUUAUCAGAGACAUGUAGGCAACCUAAUAAAUAAGGUUACAUCAUAUGAAGAAAUUAUUGAAUGUGCUAAUCAAAGGCUUGAAAUAUCUCACUCUGAGAUUGCACAUUUGGAAGACAGAAAUAGGCAUUUAGAAGAUUUAAUUAGAAAGCCCAGAGAGAGAGUCAGAAAACCAAGACCAAGAAGAUUAGAAAGUCAUCCAAAGUCCCUGACGGUGGUAGGUCAUCUUGAUGGUCAUUACAAGGAAUGUUAUGUUUCCAUGUAAUUUGACAAUAAUACAGAAUUGAAUAUGCGUUCUUGAAGUUGCACUUCAGUAAUGUUCAGUGUUGCCUUCCCCUCUGUCCUCAGAAUAGAGCCCCUUCUGCCUCCCAUCAGAAUUUACCCUGUCAUUGAAAACACAUCACUCUGGGACC